CUGCCGGAGCUGUAGUGACUUUUUCAGCGACCUGCUAUUGUUUUCUUGUUUGAUAUAAACUGCUUUGAAAACAAAAAACUUUUCAACGUGACCCCUGUGCUGAGGCUUGGGGACGUGAUUUGUUUCGACAACUUUCCAUAAGGCAUCACCGAGAAUCAUGAAUUUACAGCAUGCUAAAUGGAGAUCAGAGCACCACAGCAAGCGCAGAGAGGACCGUCUGUACAAACAGCUUCUGAAUAAUGCAAGCCAAAUCCUUUCUUUCUCCGAUGAAGUUAUGGACGAGAUGGGGGCCAUUUCAUACAAAAAAGCUGACUUUAGCUGGCUUUUCCAUGCCACGGGCCCCUUAGCUCCAGGUAACGUUAUCAGAUUAAAGAAAAUAAAGAGGCAUGAGAACAAUGAUAAACCCUGCAACAUCAAUUGUUUAACCAAAGAAGAAGGCAGCAUUUCUGUACAGGCUCCUGCGGUGAACACUAAGGAGUCCCCUACAGAGGACUGGGAAGCCCAGAGCAGCAGGUGGCAGGAGUUUGCACAAAAUAAAACAAGUCAACUAUUACAACUGAGAAAACACAGGAUACCAGGUAAUGUGCUCUCUCCAAUAAGCAAAGAUGUGCAGAACCGCUUGAAAAAGACAGCAGCCACUUUGACCAGCAAGCACAUUGAGAUCCCACAGGCCCCUCGGCUACAGGAUAUCUUGAAUCCAAGUGCUGGCAGUCAUGUCACAAAUAACGUCUCUGAACAGGAGAUCUUCUCAGCAGGAACUGAUAGGACGGUAAAAGUGGAACAGCGAUGGAUGGAUCAGCCCACUAAAAUUGACUCUGCCCUCAAACAAUCUGUGGCUGAACGUUCAUCACUUCGUUAUGCAGUUGAUCAAUGGAGGAAUGCCUGCAACAUUAAGUUGCCCUUGCAGAGAGUGACCAUCGAAGGCCUUAAAAUGGCUCUUAGUGACCCUAAUUGCCCAGUACGGCUGGAGGCCAUCAUAACUUGUACUUUGGGAGCAGUUAAUGGACCACAAGAAGAGCUUGACCCUGGCAAAGCAGGUAAGGGAUGCAAACUGAAGGCAGUUCCUCAGGAGCUGCAGGCUCUCAUUGUCUCGGCGCUUGAUGACCCAGUGAAGAGAGUUCAGAUGGCUGCUGCAGUGUGCCAGUAUGCCAUGAGGACACCUAACGCACGCGCCAGAGACAUACUACGGAGCACAUUGAUGCAAGACCCUUCUGGCACAGGUGCAGACAGCUGGGUAGCUGCACAGUGCUUGGCGAUAGACGGUGAUACGAGUCAAGCUGUCAUACAGAGACUCUUGUCACAGCACUUUCUCAGAGACGCUACUUCAGAUCACGAGCAGUCUAGGAUGCUACUCUCCAACAUUAGCAGCAACACUACACUAGUGCGCUCUCUUCUGGCAGAAGAGUUAAACAGUGCUAACUGCAGAACACGAGUUCAGGCCUGUGCUAGCAUUGCACAGCUCAGAAGUCCAAUAAACAAGGAUCUUUGCAACAAACUGAUAUACAUGAUGUGGAACGACUGGAGCUGUGCUGUUCGUCACGCUGCAGCACUGGCUCUGAGUAAAAUGGAUGCGGCCAGAGAGAUGCACAGUGAGCUGAGUGCGAAACUGAAGGAGGGUCCAACUGCUUGGCGGUUGGAAGCGCUGAUCUUCAUUGGUCAGCUCAGUAUAAUGACACCCAAGCUACUGCCUACAUUCCUGCGGUGCUUUAAUGAUGACUUUGUGGCUGUGCGCAAACAGGCUUGUUUGACUGCAGCAUCUCUAAUGAUGGAUGACCAGUUGGUCCUGGAUCAGCUUAUGAACCUGAUGCAGAAUGAUCCAUUAUGGGAGGUGAAAGUGGAAGCAAUUGAUGCUUUAGGGCAAAUAGGUUGUAUGAACCCACCCCUCCAGGAGUUGCUGAUGUGGGCUGUACACCAUGAGGAGGAGCCCAGUGUGCGCAUUGCUGCCUGUAAGGCCCUGAGCACUCUAGAUGCAAAUGGCCCAGAAUUACAGCAUUUUCUACAGGAGCGUAAUGCACUGGAACCCAACGCUGAUGUGCAGAGGCACAUUGAAAGUCUUCUGAAAAAGCAUGGAUACAGUCUGGGGGGAAACGAAAGCAAGAUUCAUGAGAUAAAGCUCCAGGUGGAGCUGUUGUGUACAAAACACAUCAUUACACAGAAAGUGCUCUUAAUGGAAGAGAGUAGAAAGCAGCAAGAGCAAAAAUUAUUGUGCUGAAUUUAUGGUUUCAUUUGUCCUGCUAUAUCAAAUAUUAUAUAUCCAGAAUCAAAUCUUUUAAGAUGUUCCACCUAAAAAUCACCCACUGCUAUUGCAUACAAUCAAGUAAGCAGGCAAGUAAUGAUCAAACUUGUUUUGAUGCAUCAGGUAUAUAGCUGUUC